UUAAAUCACCGGCAAGAGAAAUUCGCGCGCCAAGAAUUUCGUGGAAUUAUGAUCGAGGUAAUUAAUUAACGGGAUCAAUCGAGGCAAACUGGUGAUAAGAAGAGUAUCGACUAUACAUAUACAUCGCUGGCGACUGCAUUGGCGAUUUUCUUAACACGCGACAUCGUAACAAGAUAGAUAUAAUACGUACAUGCCGGUCAUCAACGGUCUCGCAUGGGCGCCGAGCUAAUCUCGAUUAACGAGUGAUCGCGACGGCACGAUUUGACGUUGAUCGUGAUUAGUUGGCACGAGUAGUCGGAUAAUCACCGUUCCCGGACGUAUGGACGUUGUUGACAUGUGCAACAGUACAGGCGUAAUUUGAGACUAGCCCGGGUGUAAUGUGGGGAAGAGCGAAUAUGGCGGCAGUGACCCUUCUCCUAGGAUGGCUGUGCGUUUUCGCUCGUGCGGAAGCGGGCAACACCGAGAUAACGUCCGCCGACGCCGAGGCGGAAACCAUCCUAGAGCGAGCGGCCACGUGGCUGUGGAGUCAACGGGACAAGGACGCCGGAUGGGGUAAUGACACGCAUCGGGUACUUCUAGUUCUGCGUCUGGCGAAUCUCUCCCGUGACGACAAUGUCGCGCCGCCUGCACCACUCGAGCUGCAGCUCACCGCCAAGCAGAUGGAACUGGAGAUCGUGCUUUCGCUCUGGAGACACCGAGAGGUCGGGUUUUCCCCGGUUCGACUGGCGCGCUACACUUUGGCCUUGAACGCGAUGUGCAUGGACCCGAGACAGUUCCACGGUCAUGAUCUGAUCGGCACGUUGCAGCAUCACGAGCCGCCGACCGAUUACGAGUUCGCGCUGACCACGCUCGCAGCGUGCAGCGCUCAAGCGCACGUGCGGAAGCGGCAGAUACGUCGUCUGCUGGACAUCGCGAACGCCGCACGCGAUCACAACGUCGACACCGUGGCGAUGGUGAUCUUGGCUCUGCAAUGCAUCGUCCAGGACCACCGGCAUCGGAAUCUCCAUCACUUCGUGCGGAAGCCAUCGAUGGGAUUGGCGCAGCAGCAGAGGCUUGACGGUAGCUUCGGCGACUUGCACACCACUGCGUUGGUGAUGCAGGCGCUGGAAGAAGUGGAGAAUGAACCAGCCGACAACUGGAACAGAUCCGCGGCCUUGGCUUGGUUGAUCAGCCAGCAGCGUGUAGACGGUUCUUUUCGCGGCGACGUCCGAACCACCGCCGAGGCGAUGUUGGGGGUUGCACCACGCGGACUGGCUAGUAUUCGAGCUCUCGACUGUGGACAGGGUUUGUCGGACAAUUCGCCACCUCGUCUAACCACGAGCAAUAUUGCAGACGUCGCGACUUCAGACAGCCACAACGAGACCGCCUUGCCGUCGGCAUCGGCGAGUAACGUAAGCAACGUGGACAUGACGAUCGCGGGCACCACAGCGCCAGUGCUGGUGAAUGUAUCGUACACCCUAUGGGUUGGCAGUAACCUGAACGAGACGUACAACCUGACGGUGACUGCGCCCAAGAACGAAACUUUCUACAGCGUGAUGCUGCUGGCGGCGGAGAUGUCGCCCCAUUUCCAGUUCACCGCGUCCGAAUGGCCUAACGGUCACUACGUUCACACGCUGGCCGGCUACAAGGAGGAGCCAAUGUCCUAUCACUAUUGGCUGCUCUAUAGACUGCCGUCGCCGCCGGAGCCUUCCUCGCCGCCCGGAAAUCAACUGGUCGCACCUGGAGGUGUCGACGACUUGCAAAUCAGCGAAGGGGAGCACUAUCUCUUCUGGUACAAGAAGCUGUGAAGUGCGCGGCGAAAGGAGCAAGAAAGCAAAAUAAUAAAACGUAACGAAGAGAAGGUAACAUAAGGGAGACUGGGGGAGGGGGCGUACUGCAUAAGAAUAAAGCAAGAGGAAAAUAAAGUUGUACGAAUGAGAUAGAAAGAAAGAGAAAGAGAGAAUGUGUGCAAAAAAGAUAGAGAGAGACAGAGGAAGAAAAGCGAGCGAUCUCGAAGCUCUAGAGCGAGAUCCAGUAUUCACUGCCAUCGCUAAUCGUCGACACGUAAGAAAAAAGAAUACGCGCAACGCUAAUAUGGGGAAGAGGUGGAAGAUUAGACAAAAGAGAAUAGGCAUAGGUACACAUACACAGAAAGAAACAGACACACACACGCGUGCACGUAUACAAUCCACACAUCCACACAUGCAUGCAUACAUACACGCAGAGUUGGCAGUGACUUUUGAAACUCUGUUCUAGUGGCUAUUUCAAAGGACCCAGAUAGAAUGAGACACUGAUCUCGAUCGAUAUUUCGGAUCGAUAUCAAAAUUACAUACACAUACACACACAUACAUAUUAUACACAUCGUACACAGCCAGCUGCGUUCGUUGACACGUUGAACGCCGUGAUAUUGCUCGGUGAUUAGACGGAAAUGUUCGAAGGAUGCCUCGAACAUGUCAAAAAAGUAUUAAAAUUCUAUGAAUUUUCUAGAAUUUUUUUUAGAAAAUUCUAAGGCAUCUUUUAGGGAGACUUUAGAGGAUUUCGGCGUUGCUUGAGUAUUGAUUGACGCGUCUUGUUGAUUCGCGUGUAAGAUACAAUCAGCUUAUACGUAUAUUUAGUGAGCUAUAGCGAUCAGUCGAUUGGCGUUUAUUUGCCGUAUUCAUUUCACAUUCAUUUCACAUAUGUGCACGGUCCUACGAUAGUUGUUGCGCGAAAUUGAGCCGGAAUUCGCGCGGCGUUCGACAUGUUGACUAGAAGCUACGCGAGACGCCACAUAACGUUUUCUAUGAAACUACAAAGCACAAGCGUACUUGUACUUGUCGUAAUUAAUUCGUACUCAAUAAAACCGAUUAGCUGUACCGUAAUAGCGAAUACCCGCUCCCGAUGUUCCCACUCUGGCUGUACGCGUUGAUUUAGCGUAAGUAUUCCCCCCGUCAUUAAAAAAAUACGCGACAAAUAAGUAAGUAAAUAAGCAAACGAAUUUGGCCUGCUACUGCUGCUGCUAUUGCGACAUGCUCGACGAGAGAAACAGACAGAGGUGCAUCAUGAACGUCAUACUUUCAUUUGCACGCACGAUGUAUCGUUUUCCGAAUAGCUCAAAUGAGAUGUACGAUUUGGUUCUUCUCUUGGUAUCAAUAAAGGUAUCAAUAAAUUACA